AUGACUUCGUUGAUUAACGAACCCAGUACUGAUUUCCAUCUGAAGUUGAACGAGCAAUUGUUCCACAUACCUUAUGAACUCCUUCGUAGGAACGUCAGACAAGUGCAUAAACUGAUAGAGAAGGAGUCGCUCGUUCUGCAGGGUUUAUUCAAGGAACUGGAUGGAUUACUGAAGUCGGACGAUCUGGAACAGGAUAAGAUCGCCCUGGUGAAGUUGAAUGAGAUCAUUAGGAAAGUGGAAAUAUUUGAGAAGAAGAUCAACAGAAGGUCCGAUGAAGAGUUGAAGUUGUUGGAAAGGAUUCACGUCAGGCUGAAGUUCUUUGAAGAACUGGAAGAGUCCAAGGCGUCUGGUAAUGUUUCUCGUCUCACCGAAUGGUAUCAGAAGUACACAAACGUUCUGAUCGGGGAUUAUCUGAUCCGGAACGAUCAGGUGCGGUCGAGUGCUGAGCAAGAGAACAGCGGCGGCGACGAUGGGUCGAUAGAUGACAAGCUUUGGAACCCGGGAGUGAUUUUUUUGAAGCAGCAGCAGCUAGAUCGCUUGCUGGACUACGAUAUCCUGCUAGCGGCUAACAGAAUCUCCAAGUCACUGACACAAGACCACGAUAUGCAGCCGCUGCUGCAUUGGAUAGGGGAAAACAGAACUUUUCUGAAGAAGAAUUGCUCUUUUCUAGAAUUCGAAGCGAGGUUACAGGAAUAUGUGGAACUUUUGAAACAACGCGACUACCAAGGCGCCAUUGGUUGUUUCCAAAAAUUCCUGCUACAGUUUGCUGAGAGCAACUAUGCGGAUCUGAAGCUGGCUUCAGGUCUGUUGGUUUUUAUCAAUAGUUGUCAGCCGCAGCAACCCGUUCGGCCAAUCGAUGAGUUGAUUGAUCCUCAAAUAAUUACGACAAACGAGGAGGACAGCUCAGCGGCAUUCCGGUCAACUUCCCAAUCGUCCCGCGAUGAGGUGUAUGAGUACUUUUUCCGCAGGAAAAUUCCAAAUAAUGAAAGAAGGGUCCCCGUGCCCUCUGUCAGCAAGCUCAUCUUCAAACAGCGUAACGGGAAUAGAGAUCUUGCUCGCUAUACGGAUCUGCUGGACUCUAGGAGGUGGUAUACCCUGAACGAGCUUUUUACGAAGGAGUACUACUUAAUGUACGGUAUCUCACAUAGCGAGCCGCUCUUGAUGUAUCUUUCUCUGGGGAUAUCGACUUUGAAAACCAGGGAAUGUCUGCACGAGAGAGAGGUCCCAACCUCAGAUAAACCGGAGCUUGAUAACUAUCUUGCAAAAGAUGUUCUAGCGACAACCUGUCCCGUGUGCACCGAUGAAUUCGCUUCAAUUGCAAAGGAUCUGCCCUAUGCUCAUCAUACUCAAUCAAAGCUUUUUGAAAAUCCAGUGAUGUUGCCAAAUGGUAACAUCUAUGAUGCGAAAAAACUGAAAUCAUUAGCCUCUGCUCUGAACAAUGCCAAGCUGGCCAAUUUGAAAGAUUUUGAGGUUAUGGAUCCGAUAGAUAAGAAAAUAUACUCGGAGAAAGAAUUCAUCACUAUGUAUCCAACAUGA